AUGCAUUCGCGUCGAGAAACUCGAGACCCGGGACUCCCUGUUGACAGUUCAUGGCGCAUGGUGGAAGGAGGCGAAAACGACAGCUUCGACACCUCAAUCGUCCCCGAUAUCGAUCUCGACGCCGACCUCCCCUUCUCUAGCGGUCCUUCGCACCUCUCCUCUCAGCCUCAGCUCAGCAGCCUCGAUUCUCAAGGAAGCAACCACAGCAUCAGCGACUUUGUCCACCGUGCCGACGACGAGCGCGUCAUUCUACGAUCGCCUUUUCGACCGUCCAUGGCUUCAUCGCGUCAGACUUCGGCCGCGGGACAUCGCACUGCCGACCCGGAGUUCUGCAUGCCGUCUAUGCGUGUGGAUAACUCGCCUGCGCAAGCCAACAGCGCUGCCUCCUCGAGGACCAUUCGUCCCGACCCUCCGUCGGCGCCUUCUCGGUUUGGCUUGCGUCGUCGGCCCCAGCAGUCGCAGCACUCGUACAGCAGCACCACCACCACCAGCAGCAGCCUGCAACCGGGAAGAAGCGGACGGCGUAGCCAUUACCGGGACGAACCUGACCGCAAGACGCUCGGCGAGCAAGUCUCCGAGUCGUUACCCGGCGCCAUCGUCGGCAUCCUGGCCUGGUUCUUCGAAAUCAUCGGCAUGGCUUUCCGCAUGUUGAAAGUGCCCCUGGCCUUGGGCGUCGCCCUUUACCUUUUCCUGGGCGGAUUCAUCAUCCUCCACAACAUGGCCACCAAAUCCAUAACCGCCUCCUUGUCUCCCCUCUGCCGCGUUCCCGGCGUGAGCUACCUCGACCUCCCCUUUUGCCCUCGAUUUGCCGACGUUCCGGGAGACGGACGACAGGACGUCGAGUUUGACGACCUCAUGAAUGUCCAGUCGCAAUUUGAGAAGGUCCUCGAGCGCAGCGUCGACGGCGUCUCUCUGCCCAUGGAAAUGAAGCGCUCCGAAACCUCCAUACGGGACCUGCGCACCUUGGUCCGGCACUCCGAACUGCCCGAGCGCGAUGAGCUCGUCUACGAGCUUGACGAAUUCGUCGAGACCGCCCGCCAGGUCGCCGCCGACCUCCAAAAGUUCAACACCCACGUCAGCUCCGCCGUUGACUCCGUCAUCUCCAUCAACCGCUGGACAUCGCGCUACAUCGACAGCCUCGCCGAAGACUCUUCUUCUUCUUCCGCCUCCGCCCCGGCAUCCGUCCAAGCUCUGAGUCGCUGGACAGCCUGGCUUUUCUACCCCUUCCAACCCGCCAUAACCCCCUCCACCCUCCGGGACAAGUACAUCGAGCACACCGCCCUCGUCUCCGACCGGAUCGCCGACCUCAUCGUCGAGGCCCAAGCCGUGCUCCGCCUCCUCACCCGCUCAGAGGACCACCUGGCUCACAUCUACGACGUCAAGACCCGCUCGCAGAACGCCGUCGAGACCCGCCGCGACGACAUCCUCUGGACCCUCUGGUCCCUCGUCGGCGGCAACCGCCGCGCCAUCCACAACCUCGACGCCCAGCUCCGCCUCCUCGGCUCCGUCAACGACCAGCGCGUCCGCGCCGUCGACCAGGUUUCCGCCCUCGUCCUCGAGCUCGAGGGCAUUCAGGCUGGCCUCGCCGACCUGCGCGACCGCGUCGCCGAGCCGGCUCUCGCUAGCGGCACCCCCCGCGGCGGUCGCAUCCCCCUCAACGUUCACGUCGAGACCAUCGACCGCGGCGUGGAGAGGCUCGAACUCGCGCGGAGGCGGAUCCGCGAGGCCGAGAACGAGAAGAUCCGCGAGACUCUCGCCCGUGGCGGCGUCCCCGUAGAACCCUGGCUUCUCGAGGGUCGGAUGUGA